AUGUUUAUUGUUUCAGAACGCCUGAAUGUGCUUUACGAGCGUAAUUGGACAAGACUUGUCCACGAACAAUUACGCAAAUUCGAGUCGUCUAUAGUUGCUGCGGCGAGGCAGUCCGAAGCACAACCUGAUGAGUUAGCACUGGAUACCAAAUGGAGUUUCUCCGGAUCUCUAAUAUAUUGCAUAACACUGAUCACUACUAUAGGAUAUGGAAACGUAUCUCCAAGGACAGCGGCAGGCAGGGCUGCUACAGUAGCCUAUGCAGCAGCCGGUGUGCCAUUGACUCUAGCUUGCUUGGCAGGCUUAGGUGCCUCAUUGGCACGAAUAGCACGAUUGGCGUGGUUGAGAGCAACUAAAAAUAAAGUACCUAAUACUUGGAGAAAAGAUGGUGAGGUCGAAAAUCAUUUUCAACUGCACGAGCAACAACGACUUCUGCCACAGCCAGCUGAAAACAAUCAGUAUACAUCGUUUCCUCCGAGAAUGCAUAGAUCUCCUGGAACUGUAAAGACAAGAACUGGUGAUAGAGGACAGUAUUCACAAGUAUUUGAAAGGGCACCUAUGAGUCCUAGAGCUGCAACUUUGGGACGAGUGAAACGCAAUGCCUUAUCUGAUGAACCGCAAACAUCAUCAGCAAUUCAAACACAGACACUCGACCGGAAGAAAACUAAUAAUGUAAAGUGCCUAGCAACGGUUCAUGGACCAUCAAGAGGCAGAGGACGAGGUACAAUACAGAGACCGAGAGGACCAGCGAUAGAACAACUGAUAGCUGAAGAAUGUGGAGAGAUAUUCCUCAAUAGAAGUCAAGAAGAUUUAGAUGACUCGGAAGAUCCCGAUGAAGGAAUAUGCCCUCACGAUACACCAUCCAGAGUGCCUUUAAUAUGGAAUGAAGAGAACCAUAAAGCCAAGAGUUGUGCUGUACCCAGUAGUAAUGCUGCUACUAGCGUACAGCAUCAAAACAGCCACAGCUUAGAGCAUUGCCACAUACCUGCCGGCAUUGUGCUAUUUCUUUUGUUAGGAUAUAUCUGCAUUGGUGCAGCCAUUUUCUCAGUCUGGGAAAGCUGGAGUUUCCUUGAUGCUGCCUAUUUUUGCUUUAUUGCAUUAGCCACUAUCGGUUUUGGUGAUUUCGUUCCAACCAGUUUCCUGACAGCAAAGCAGAGUACAGAAAUCUCAAAAAGUGAAUACAUCCAAAUGAUCGCAUGCUGUGCAUAUCUUGUAUUCGGACUCAUUCUGAUAGCUAUGGCAUUCAGUCUUUUACAAGACGAAGUAGUUGCUCGAUGUACGCAACUAGCCAACAGUUUGGGUCUUACAAAACAAUGACAAUACGAGAAGAGCGAUUGCAGCUCAACAGACAAUCAUUUGAGGAUGUUAUGAUCGUUGUUAUAAGGAGUUACUACAUGAUCCAAUACGUUUUCAGGAUCUGUUCUGUACUUCGUAUUAUUAGACAUUGUAUCUCAUGUUAACAUUGUAUAGAUAAAUAUCAUUAUUUUCUCAUAUCUGCGUAAAAUUUAAUUGAAGAUAAAGUAAUUUGAAACUUUUUACAAUAUUUUUACUCAAGAAUAAGAUUUGUGAUGUAAAUAAUGUAAAAACUUAAUCAUAAAAGGAAGGCUGAAAUUGUAAUGAAACAAUAAAAUUGUGUGAAUUGUAA